GAGGCGCUAGGGUUUUUCAAUUUCCGCAUCCGGAUCGGUGAAGAACGAAGGCGGCGAUUUGAGUUUUUUUUAUCAAGGUUUGAUCUUUUACCAUGAGAGCCAAGUGGAAGAAGAAGCGUAUGAGGAGGUUGAAGAGGAAGCGCAGAAAGAUGAGGCAGAGAUCGAAGUAGAUUGUCGGUUUUGUUCCUGUUUUCUGAUCCCGUCGUUGAGGGAUCUUUAGGAUUUCGCUUUUAACAUUUCGGUUCAUGAGUUUUUUGAUGUAAUGGUGACCUGCUACUCUUUGAUACUGGAUUUGGGGGAUCUGCUAUGUCGAUUGAAGUUUUUUUCGAUGCCAGCGAUAUUUUUAUAUAUAUUUGCCAUUUAAUUAUAUCUUCCAUUAUCCUCUGAGUUAAUUCUGCACAGGUGAAAGUGCAUAUGCCUUUACAAAUGAGGGAAUAUUGAGAUUAUUGCAUGGUCGGAUCAAAAUUCCGUUUUGAUCAUUUGGAAGAUGAUAGCACUUUCUUGGUAGAUACUCUUUGGGUUCUUUGUGGACUUGUAGAAUUACGUGCAUUACUGUAGGAUACUUGUAAUUCUGAUUCAUGUAUCCCACGAUUUUGCAUAGCUGGUUUUAAUUUCCUUUUCAAGGAUGCAUUUUUGAUGUAUUUUUUCAACCAUCUAGUUAUAAUCUUGGUGAUGGCUUGAUAUAUGGACCUAAUUCUGUUAUGAAUUAGAUUGUAUUGUGUAAUGGUAGUGAUUCAGGUGUAGCCUGUGACAGUGGAUUAACUAGUUUAGGGAUUUGUUUUAGGCAAAGCAGCUGUAAGCUUUUUUGAUUUCUGUCCUAUGAAGAAAAUUUGUCCAAGCCAUGGUUUUGUUUGGCCUCUUUAAAGUGGAACUCUUGUUGAGCUUGUGAACAGUUCUUUCAUUUUACUGCAUUAAUCUGUUUUAGAAUGCUGUGGAAGAUUGGAUUACCAUUUCAUUCAAUAUUGACAAUCCAUGAGAAUGAGUUUGAACUGGUUUUUGCUGAAUUAUUGUUGUAACAUCAUUGUAUUUCUAUGGGCCAACAAAUUAGGAGAAUUCACUUGACCCUUUUUUGGAUGAGAUAUUUUAAAUGAAAAACAGAAGUGUGUUAUUUUGGUUGAACAGUUGUUUGGAUGUGAUGAUUUGUAUUAGUAUUGUUUUUUUUAUAUGGAGUUGUGAUGAUUGCAUAGCCUGCAAAAUUGACAAUAGAACACAAAGGUAUGGUGUAAUUAUGUAAAUGAAUGGCAAGAAGUCUAGAUUCCAAACAAACCAAUGAUUUCUACAUGUUGUAGAAGUUAUUAUGUAGUUAUGGUAUUCAUGGAUUUUUUAUAACUUCAAAUUGAAAUUAAUAGAAAUAUGCUUUUGAAGUUAAGAUACUCUGAUCAUUGUUAUAUUUGAGUACAAGUCUUCUUUAAUGUCUUUUAACUUCUAAAACCUUUAUCAAAUCUUGAAGAAUUGGCAUAUAUAUGAACUCAAGAAACUUCCAUUGAACCCAAACAAGUUCUAUGCAAUUUUUGUACCAACCAUUAGAUAAUAUUACAAAAUCCCUUUUUACCUGCCAAAAGAAUCCAGAAACGAUUGGAGUCGACGCUAAUCAAGAUAUGCAUUCACACACAUGUGAAACAAAGAAUUCUUAAUGAACACAUAUAGGAAUGGGACAAAGGUCUUUUAUAUACUAUCAUUUUCAUCAAAUAGCUUUGUCUGUAGUGUAUUUUAUAUUAUAUUCUUAGAUCUCAAUAUCUUGAAGGUACUCAACAUUCAAGAACAUAAUUCAAAUUUUUAGUCUGAAACCUUAUCUUCACUCCAACAUUAAUAUAUAUAAAAACCUAUGCUGCUUGGUGCCCACCCCAUAAAAGAACUCAUGUAAUGAAUAUAUUGAUUCCUUUCAAUUUAUGUUACAGCUGAGAAUGAAGUGUCUGAUGCUUUCAAGUACUUUCUUGAUUCAUUUCUUGCUAUUAAUCUCAGAUUUUGGUAUUGGAAUCAUCAUCACAUUUGCUGCAGGACAGUGUGUUGAAGAUCAGAAAGACUUGCUAUUGGAAUUAAGAAACAACCUUACAUAUGAUUCUUCACUUUCAACCAAGCUUGUGCAAUGGAAUGAUUCCAUCGACUGCUGUCGAUGGGCCGGGGUGAAAUGUGACACGAAAGGCCGUGUCUCCGGGCUUGAUCUAAGCAACGAGUCGAUUUCAAAUGGGAUACAUGAUGCAAGCAGCAAUCUUUUCAGGCUCAGGUUUCUUCAGAGCCUCAAUUUAGCUGGAAACACCUUUGAUUCUGUUGAGUUUCCGUCGGGAUUUGAAGAACUUACAGAAUUGAGGUACCUGAAUCUCAGCAACUCAGGAUUUACAGGCCAGAUUCCUCCUGGAAUCUCAAAUUUGACAAGGUUAGUUGUGCUGGAUCUUUCUUCAGCAUACACACCAGUUAACCUUGAGAAUCCGAAUCUCGAAAGAUUGAUUCAGAAACUUAAUAGGCUGCAAGAACUUUAUCUUGAAGGGGUGAAUGCUUCUGCUAUAGGUUCUCAGUGGUGCAAUGCUCUAUCAUUAUAUGUACCGAAUUUGCGAGUUUUGAGCAUGCCUAAUGCUUACCUGACAGGCCCUUUCGAUUCUUCGUUGCUGAAACUUCAAUCCCUUUCGAUUAUUCGUCUUGAUGGCAACAUUUUCUCUGCUGGAUUCCCCGAAUUCUUGGCUGAUUUUGCUAAGCUGCAGGUUUUGAUUCUGAGUUCUUGUGGCCUGUCUGGUGUGGUUCCUGCAAAACUAUUCCAAAUCAAGAGCCUGGAAAAGAUCGAUUUGAAUAAUAAUCGAGACCUCGAGGGCUCUUUACCUGAAUUUCCAUCGAAUGGAUCCCUUCGAACUUUGCAGCUUCAAUACACAAGAUUUUCGGGGAAUCUAACAGAUUCUGUAUCCAGGCUUGGUAUGUUGGAGUUUCUUGAUCUAAGAGCUUGCUUGUUUUCGGGUACAAUUCCAGGUUCGAUCGAAAAACUUACUCAUCUUCAGUAUUUGGACCUGUCUUUGAAUCAGUUUGUUGGUUCUGUUCCAUCAUUUGCUUUUCGAAAGAAGCUUACGACGAUCAAUCUUCGCGGCAACAGCUUGACAGGUCGAAUUCCCGAUGCAAUCUGGAAAGGCCUGGAAAGUUUGGAAUUUCUUGACUUGAGUGUGAAUUCAUUACAUGGAGAAGUUCCGGCGUCUCUGUUUGAUCUUCCAUCUCUCAAAAUCUUGGAUCUUUCGAACAACAGCUUCUCCAGUUUGAUCGGGGAUGCGAAAACAGGUCCGUCGUCUUCUCUGGAAGUUCUUGAAUUAAGCAUCAACAAGUUCCAUGGUUCAGUUCCUGAGUUCUUGUUUGAUUUAAAGAACCUCUCCACUCUGUCCCUUUCUCAGAACAAGUUCAAUGGCUCUGUGAAUCUGUUCAAUUUUCGGAAGCUGAAAGGCCUCGUCGACCUCGAUCUUUCCUACAACAGCCUGUCUGUGUUUGUAGAUGGAAAUGUUUCAAUUUCUUCGAUGUUUCCAAAGCUCGGAUAUCUGAUGUUGGCUUCUUGCAAGGUGCAGAAGUUUCCUCUUCUGAAGAACCAGUCUUCGUUGAUGAUGCUCGAUCUUUCGGACAAUCAGAUACACGGCGAAAUCCCGAAUUGGUUGUGGGAAGUUAGCGACGGACUUCUUCGUCAUCUGAAUUUAUCGAACAACUAUUUCACUCAUCUACAACAGCCUUAUAGUCUACGCAACGUGUACCUCGAUUACUUGAAUUUACACUCGAAUUUGCUCGGCGGACAGGUCCCGAUCCCGCCGGCGUCGGUAUAUUACUUGGACUUGUCGAAUAAUGAAUUCUCGUCCGUCCCUGUCGAUAUUGGGAAUUCGAUUAAGCGAGCGUUAUUUGUCUCGUUGGCGAAUAACAGAAUCGGCGGCGCGAUCCCUAUCUCAUUGUGCAAUGCGACGAAUCUUCAGAUACUCGACUUGUCGAACAUGUCGUUGCAUGGCGAGAUACCGGUUUGUUUAUCGGAGCUAAACCUCAAAGUCUUGAACUUGAGAAGAAACAACCUUAGGGGUGUCAUUCCGGAUACAUUUCGGGUUGAAUGUGCUCUCGAAACGCUCGAUCUCAACCGGAAUUUCUUCCGGGGAGAGGUUCCGAAGACGUUGGAACGAUGCGUCGAGCUCGAGGUUUUAGACCUCGGCAACAAUGCGUUCGACGGAACGUUUCCGUGUUGGCUCAAGAACUUGCCGAAAUUGCGCGUACUCGUGCUGCGAUCGAAUAAGUUCCACGGGAACGUCACCUGUUUGAACGAUGGAAACGAGCUGUCGAAUCUUCAGAUCAUCGACGUCGCCUCGAAUCGCUUCGAUGGUGUUCUUCCGGCGAGAUUCUUUUCUGGUAUGAACGCUUUGAUUGUUAAUGCUGACGGCGCGCUCGAUCAUUUGUACUUCGUUCACGGCACGGCGAGCGAUAUUUACUAUCAGGAUUCGGUGACGUUAACUCUCAAAGGAAGCGAAGUCGAGUAUCGAAAGAUCCUCGACAUAUUGACGUCGAUCGACUUCUCGAGCAACCGUUUCGAGGGAAGAAUCCCGGAGAUGAUCGGCGACCUUGAGAAUCUUUAUGUUCUUAACUUUUCGAAGAAUUCUCUCUCCGGCGACAUCCCGGGAUCGAUCGGGAAUCUGAAGAACCUCGGAUCGUUAGACCUCUCGUCGAACGAUCUCGGAGGGGAAAUCCCGAGUCGGAUUGCGGACUUAACGUUCCUUUCGUCAAUGAAUCUAUCGUUUAAUCGUCUCGUCGGGAGGAUUCCGCAUGGGCGACAAAUGUCGACGUUUUCGGAGAGCUCGUUCGUUGGGAACGAGGGGCUGUGUGGGUUUCCUUUGAAUAAAAGCUGCGGAGAUGUUACGACGCGUUCGCCGUCGUCUUCGUUGUCGCCGUUGUUGCCGGAGGAAGAAGAUGAUGGUGAAAGGAGAGAUGUAGGAUUGUAUGCAAGUGCUGCAUUUGGGUACUUUGUGGGUGUAGCCAUUGUUGUUCUGUCUCUUGCUGUUUCGAGAAGAUGGAGGAAGGCCUACAACAGGGCUGUCGAUAGAUUUGUUCUUCGCGGCGGCCGGCGGCCGGACGGCGCCGGCGAGGAAUGGUAAAAGAAAGAGCAAUGUCAAGAAGAAGAAUGUCUGAAUUUUAAGGAUGUUGCAAGUGUUGGGAAUUCAAUCAUAGUUGCUCUUUGUCUUCUUCUCCUAUGAUAUGAUCGUUCUGUAUGAUUCUUAACGCACGCCAGAUGCUGAACCAUAAUUCAAUUAAUGUCAACAAAUUAAGUACGAUAAAAUAAAAAGGCAAGUAAUAAGAAAUUUCACUGCAAACAUAUUAUUUAAUCAAUAUUUAAC